CAGCAGGAGACGGCUUCAAGGCAGCCGCUACAGGUCGAUGCAGUGUGGGAAGAGCAGCCAUCUGCAAGCACUUCUGACGAGGAAGUGCCAGAAGAGAUCUCUGCGCGCAUCCUGCGCCGCAUCAUCAUAUUCUCUGGCAUUCCCACCUUCACAGGCUUCCUCAGCCUGCCUUUGUUCUACUACCUGAAGGUGGUACAGCAUUGGGAUAUACCAACAUAUGCAGUGUAUCUGGCCUCAUUCUGCACAUUUGGGGUGGGCAUCCUGGGUAUUUCUUAUGGAGCCAUCUCCUCCAGCUGGUCAGCAGCAGAAGGCAGCAAAUUGGGCAUAGAGCAAUUCAAACAGAAUCUG